AUGCUGCCUCGAACAAGCACGAAAGUUCAUCCUUUCGGUCCUCUCUCGACUAGUACUGAGGUGUCGGAUGACAAGGGCGAAGCAUACACCUGCGUACAAUCUCCAUCUUCUCUACGUCCUCAUGACGCCAAAUCCACGUCGUCGCGAUGGCUGUACAACUAUCCACGAUUGAGUUUUAUGAUGCUGUUCAUUGUUUGCACCUACGUUGGAGGCAUCUACGUGUCCACUGAAAUUACUGCGUGGACCCUCGACAUGCUGGGAGCUCGCAAUAAACUGACGGAUGCACGAAAAGUCUAUGCUGCUGCAAGUCACAUGCUCAACACCAUGACUCAGUGCGUAGAUCAAAGCUCGCUGGAGUACUUGGCUGGCGCAAAGUUGCAGUUUGAAGCCGACAGCAGACGCGUCCAGGAGAUCAUCGAUGCUAAUGACCAAGUCCUUGCCGUCCAGAGAAACGCGACGACAACGUGCUCCAAUGCUUUCUUGCUGACAUUGAAGGGACAAGCGAAAGCUGUCAUAGUCGACGAUACGCAGUCGACGCUCGGCUGCUUCUCUCAUCACUUUUACGACAACGUGCCCAAAACGGACGCUUUGUCUUUCUCGCGGACUCUGGUAGUCGCCGUUCGUGGAAUAUUGACAGCGCUCGUUGUCUCAGAAGUGAACGACAGCCUCUCUGCGCAGGCAACUCAAUUUGAAAAUCAACUCCUCGAGAUGUGGCAUGCCAUCGAUACUGUCAAGGCCUCAAUCGAGAAAACUCUGGAUGCCACAGUUACAUCGGCGUCUCAGCAGUUGAGCUCACUGGUGCCGAUAGUGUCGGACAAAGACGGUAGUGGCCAUACACAUCAGUCGGGCUCUCGCCUUGGCCGCCUGGGCAAAGUCGUGUCGUUAGAGCUCUCGGACCCGUUGACGUUGUCACCUGCUACAAGUCUGGGAGCAAUACGUAAAGCUGGGCGAACUUUCCACAAAGCUCUCGCGGUUUUGGCAGGCGUGCACGAUGGGUUCACUGACGUCCUGGACAGCGUUGACGAGACUUGGGAAUUCCUAGAAAAGCAGCUGAAUGCCACCGUUCAGCAGGCCACCCAAGUGCAAAACGAGCUCGUUUACGCAGCCAAGUCAACCGCCCAACAGAUCAAUAGCACGAGUACCGCGGUCCUGACUAGCUUGGAUCAAGCCCGGCAGGAGAUUUCCAUGUCCUUUGACAUUUUGCAGGAGCAGUGGCACACUGCAGUGAAAAAGCUGGUGGCCCCAAGUUCGACACCGUGGCAGAAGCUGGGAGAUCGACUUGUAGCUGAGCUCACUGCAAAUGAACGCCAAAGUGUGAGACCUGAACAUUCAAUUCAACGGAAGUACCUGCUACCGGAUCGAACAGCAAACUCAAGUUUGGAGAAGGAGCACGAGAAGCAAACCAUCGCGUCACGUGAUCAAGGCUCGACAAGCGCGGGGUCGUCAUCGGUCGAUGACAACAAGUUCGACAUUGACACUGCUGUGCUGCGUGCUGCGGUAGUUGACGUGAGCGCUUUCAUCACCCAAGUGCUGUUCUACAUAGACGUUGGCCGUCUCACCUUGCUGGUUGCAGAUCUUGCCGUGGGACUGAUUACUGAGUCGUACUCGGACGUGCCGAUGCUGGAUAUCCGGGGCAUCACCACAGUCGACACGAUCGGAAGUAUCGGGGAACUACUCCUUUGUCAGCACAGCUUUUCGGCAAUCUGCUACACAAUUGUGUCAAAAGCGUCCGAGUUAAUGCGCGAUCUCGUGACAUUCCUCCUACUAUUCGUCAGCGCGUUGGCGAUCACCGCAGGAUUAUUUCUGUGGAAGAAAGACCACAACGCACACUGUCAGAGUGGAGAAACGUCGGAUGUCUCUCCCCAAACCACCAUCCAAAGUAUCACCCGUGCCUUUUUCGAGAACAAUGGCAACAGCAACAAACGCGUCGCGAAUCCACUUGAUGAACUCCAGAAGCAUGCGAUCGUCAUCAACGACUCCAUUUUCAACGACUACGCAGCACUGACAUUGGACUCGUCAGUUGUGUGGAAAAAUCAGUCCUUUGCACUUGACGAUUUCAGUGACUGCGCAACAACGACAAGCAGCUUGAUUCGAAUGCUGCAAGAUUGUGCCGUCACUACUGAAGUGGUUCUUGCUCCUGAUGAGUCGCUUUCAAGUCAGUGCUUGACAUCCAGUCUCACCACUGCCGCAGCACCGAAGAACCCGCUGCCUUUUGCUGAGCGAUUGAGUGACGAUGCACCUUUCCUAUCACCAAGCACUGCAUUCGAGACGUGCUUUCCAAGCGAUCAGCUACUUGGGAGGGAAGAGCUCGUUGGUACGUUACAGCACAGUCUCGCAUGCGCAACUGAAAAAGCAGUGUACCUCUCGUUUGCAUCGUGGUGGCUACUAGUGGUGGUCUUCAUUGCAAAUCGCUUCGCGGUGAGGAUGAUCAUCAAAGCUGCUGGAAUGUACUGGUGGCGCUUCUUGAGCGCAAAUCGAUUGCAAUUUGUGGGCUUUUGUCACGAAGACGGAGAUAUUGUGGCGCGUGGCACGCUACCGGCUGCGAUCCAGAAGCACCUGCGUGAAACAAAAUGGCAGAUUGUCAGUCGCAUCGCUGCCAUUGGUUUCGUCUACGUGUGUGUCAUCAUCAUCAUUGUGAUUGUUUUCCACGAAGUCGUGUAA